CCCAAUAUUUUCUCAAAGCGUACAGGCUAUUGUCCCUAAACCAGCAACUUGUUAAUGUAUUUUAAGUUCAAUUUGGUGGCAUGAAACCACAGUCAUCCUCACAGUUCCGCAUGAAAGAGAAAAUAAAGGAGAAGUUAGACGACCUGACCUUUAAGACUUGUUCAUUAAGGGGAAAUGUUUGCCUUUGAGUAAGGAGGAGAGAGGAGAGCAGAGCUGUAGGCUUAACAGGGAUCACCGAAUCAAAAAGUGGUUUGAAAAGGAGAGGAACAGUGGAGAAGAGGAGGUGAGACCACAACAGCUCAAGUUAAGGCUUCAGCAGGAGGUGAAGAUGGCUGGAGGAGCUGCACGGAUCUGGCUGCUGCUCACAGUCUGUCUCAGAGGUGUUCUUGCUGGUGAUUGGUCUGUUCAUCUCCCCUCUGGUCCUAUCUGCGCUGUGACUGGUUCGUCUGUAGUUCUUCCUUGUUCCUAUGACUACCCUCAAAGUUCCAGCGAAACUCAGCUCUCCACUCAGACUGGAGGGGAAGUUGUGUCUGAGAUGUGGUGUCUCGAGGACAGCCGCUGUAUCACACCUAGGUAUGUCUUCCACAGCGAUGGUAUCUUCCCUGAUCCAUCCUACCAGAACAGGGUGGAGUACCUGGGGAAACCAGGAACAAAGAACUGCUCACUUAGGAUUUCUGACUUGAGGCAGUCAGACAGCAGCACGUACGUUUUUUACGUCAUAACCAGUCACCCGACACAGAAGAUGCCAGAGCAGAGAGGAGUACAGGUGCUGGUAGCAGAAUCCUCCAGUGCAGCCUCAGUGUCAGCGAGUCCAGCCAGUGACAUCAGAGAGGGUGGGUCCUUACGUCUGGCCUGCUGCAGCCCUGGAGCAUCGCCACAGACCCAUUUCAGAUGGUAUAAAAACACAAGCAGCAGUCUGAGGCACUAUGGACAGGUGUGGAGCAUCAAUGACAUCACAUCUGAAGCCUCUGGAAGCUACUACUGUCAAAUAGAGAGCGUGGGAAAAUUGCAGAACUCAGCAAUGCUUCACAUCGAUGUCCAGUACCCUCCUCUAAACAUGGCGGUCUCAGUCUUGCCCUCCGGUGAGCUACAAGAUGAUCCUGUGACUCUGACCUGCAGCAGUGAUGCUAAUCCACCUGUCCACACAUACGCCUGGUACACGGGCGCAGCGUGUCUCCCUAAAGCAGAUAAAAGCUUUUUUAAGGCGAGACAAACUCUGGCUAAACCUACAGGAAGUCGCCUGAUGCUCAGCAGCUCAAACAUCACUGUCGACCAACCCGGGCUGCACUGCUGCGUGGCACGAAACAAACAUGGAUCACAGACUUACAGUGUGACUCUCAACAGCUCCAGAGCUCUCACUCCGUCAGAGUCUUCAGGAGGCAGAUGGACACUAAUCGGAGUGACCAUUGGUGUUUUGCUGGCUAUUGUUGCCAUAAUAGUCUUUGUAAUAAUGCGGAAACGUAAGCCAUCUAGAAACCAGUCGUAUUCCCCCACAGCCACAAGUGAAGCAGAAUUGUAAAGGAUCAUCGAGACCAGGAUUGACCAGAAGCAUUUUUAUUUGCACUGAUGUUAGCAAAGAGACAUCCUGAUGCUUCUCUCUUUCUCAGACACUGUUGUGUUUACACCCCAGUGCAGCAAGGACAAAAUAUUGUCACGUCAUACCUCAGUGUAGUUCUGCCUGUUCAGACCUGAAAUCCUGCUCACAGAGGGGAAACAUUUUCCCUGGACUGUUGACAGCGCCUACACAGAGAGACAGAGGAUCUCCAGGCUGAUGCUGCUGCACAAUCAGGAAACCAGAUAAAAACUUCUAAUGUUGUGGAUUUCAAUGCACUGGACUUAAUGAGGAUGAACUCAGCUGAUGGCUUAAUUUAAAAACUGAUAGAAUCAGAGAAAUUGUUUAAAUAACUUUAUCUAUCUAGUUGUGCUGUGGAAAAGCUAAAAGCUGUUGCAAGGAAUCAACUGACCCAGUUUUAAAUUAAAAUGUAAAAAACUACCUUAGAAACGAUAAUAUUAACCCUUACAUGACCAAACUUGUUUUGUUGUUAUACUGGUGCUGUAUGUUUCACAUAUGAAGACCACAGAUGACAUCUAGAGCUAUUUUUAGCACUGGUACAUAAACUAGACCAGAACAACAAACCCUUUACUGUUUGGGCAACGUCCAGCAUGAAAGCCUGUUUGGGAUGACGAUGAUGAACAAGAAGAUGAUGGAAAAUCUAAUCCUAAUGAACCAAUUAAAAGCUGUAGGCAGUGGGGACUGUGUGAUUCUGGGUAAACUGUUGUUGUGAUAAGGCCUACAUAGAUACAGACCAGAGCCUGAGGAGACUAAGAGGAGGGUGAAAAACCAGCAGGACAGUGACUCUGACGCCCGGUCAUCCAUGUACAAAAUGAACUGAACAUCAACUCUUUAAAGCAUCAGUCUGUUUUUAGAAGCAUUUGUCUGAUGCUCAUAAUAA